GAAUUUCCCAGAUAUACCGGCAAUCCCAGCUCCGCCACCACCGAAAUUAUCAAUUGAGGAAUUAGCUGAAGCUGGUGAAAGUGUUCUUAGUGAAUUAGGUUUGUUUAGUUGGUGGAAGCCGACAAGUUAUGUUCGAUUACUUUUAGAAUAUUCACAUAUAUGUUUUGAUAUACCUUGGUGGGCGACAAUUGUUGCUACUACAGUUGGUCUACGUUUGGCUUUAAUUUAUGUUCCCAUUAUGUCGCAACGGCUUGUCGCUCAGCGAAGUAUCUAUGCUAAUGAAUUCGCUGAUUUUCAAAAUCGAAUUACUGAGGCUCAAAAAGAAGGCGAUACUUUACUGGUUCAACAGGUUUUACUCGAACAACGGGAUUUUUGCUUGGCAAAAGGCAUUCGUAAUGGGCGAAUGAUAGUUGUUCUUUUGGCAAAUGCUUUUGCAUUCACUAUUCAAUUCUUUUCUAUAAAAAAAAUGAUUGCAGCUAACUAUCCUGGUUGGUCGUCUGGUGGUGCUUUGUGGUUUCCAGAUCUUACUGUUAGUGAUCCUUAUUAUGCGUUGCCACUGAUUUCUGCAGUUACCAUUUUUCUUGUUGUUAAUAGUGGUAUAGAAUUCGGUGCUUCUUCAGAACAAGUAUCUCCUGUGAUUGGAUUAGGAAUGAAAUAUGGCAUUCCCAUAUUAGUAUUGAUUUGUACAUCACAGUUUGCUUCGGGUUUAUGUUUAUACUGGUGCACUUCAAAUUUAAUGUCUCUACUUUACGCUGGUGUAUUUCGAAUCCCAGCAGUGCGUAAUUUCUUGGAAAUUCCGAAAGUAGUUGCACAGCCAUUGCAGAGUGAAGGACAACGAAAGAAAAGAGCGGCUCCACCCUCAUUGUACGAUUUGACCAAAGAAGAUCUAAAACAAUUUAAGAAAGCAGGUCGAAUAAAGAAGGACUGA